AUUUAUAAAACGGCGCGUAUUUUUGAUAUUAUGGAUCUCACUAGUCAUGUACAUUUUUUACGAUUCAUUUAUUUUCUACAAAAUGGAGCGACGUUUUUAUUAUUUAAGGCAAAUGUUGGGGUUAGGACUGUGUAUAUCUCGAGGGACGGCGACCGUUCUAAACCUGUGCUGUGCGUUGGUCCUGCUGCCUCUGUGCAAGAAGCUCAACCAGUUACUCUACCGACUACUUUCCAAACUAUGGCCCGGACUCUUCUUUUUUUGGUUGGAGAGAGCAAAGAGUUUCCAUAUGACUGUCGCAAUAACCCUUCUUCUGUUUGCUGUGAUACAUUCCAUGUCGCAUUUCGUAAACCUGUGGAACUUCUCUCGCAACUACGACGAGCAGCGCACGGACAUUAAUUUGGCGCACUACAGGAACGAGAGUCCAUUCCUUCUACUGAUGAGCAUGGCGGGCCUAACUGGGGUUAUGUUGUUAACUAUAGCCAUCUGCAUGGGGCUGACAUCGCUGCGAGUCGUUCGUCGCCGAGUCUAUAAUGCUUUCUGGUAUACGCAUCAGUUGUAUAUACCAUUCAUGGUGUUCCUCAUGAUCCAUCCCUUAAGCGGUGUGUUAAAGGAAGAAGUAUUGAGCGAGCAUCGCACUAGUCUAUUCUCUAGUCAAGUAACAAGUUGGUCGAAUGGUUCCGCACCUCACACCACAAAGUUUAUGCCGAUAAAGUCUAAGACUUGGAUUUGGAUGGCUGUCCCUCUUUUGUGUUUUCUGGUCGAUCUUCUGUGGAGAAUAUUCACGAGGAAUUUGGCAAGAGUUCAGUUGUUAAAUGUAAGUCACAUGCCCGGACGGACUCUGAGUAUAAAUGUGAGUUGCCCGCACGACACAUUCAGCUGCCGCAAGGGGCAGUAUGUGUUACUCCAGUGUAUGGAUGUGUCACUUCUUGAGUGGCAUCCCUUUACCAUCGUGAAGCUGCCGACAGUAAAUCAAAGAGAGUUCGAAGUUUGGAUAAGAGUCAAAGGUGAUUGGACUGAAGCUUUAGAGAGACUGAUCUUGGAGAAGGGAGCAAAUAAUGUUAGGAUGCUAAUUGACGGUCCGUUCUCAAGUCCGAUGGAGGGGGUCAGCAGGAGUGAUGUGGCGUUAUGCGUAGCGGCCGGUGUUGGGAUUACACCGUUUGUGGCCAUCUUACAUGAGAUGUUGAUAAAUCCAAGAAGCACGUUGCCGGGUAGAGUACACUUGCUAUGGAUCGUGAGACAGGAACAGGAAAUAAAAUGGCUGGCGGAUUUAACUCACAAAGUUAUCUCGCAACUGAGACACGCUAAUCGACCGGAUAGACUGCAUAUCGAAUUUUACGUAACGAGCACAAACAAUAAUGAUCCUAACACGACUUACGAUAAAGAUAAAAAUAACAUAGCACAUGUAGUAAUGGUCAAUGAAAAGGGGGUCCUGACUCAUAUCUUAAACAAAAACGAUAAAAACAUGGACGACGAUGAGAAAGUAACACUUUUGACCCCUAACAGAAAACGGAUUGAUGUUGCAAAAGAUAAAAAAGAUGAAUUUAAGGAUAAAAAAGGAUAUGAUAUAGCGAAGGAAUAUCCUUUAGUAGGAUGUCGAGUAAGAAGAGGCAGACCGCACUGGGACCGUGUGUUCGGAUAUUGGGUGCAUUUGUAUCCAGAAAAAAGCCUAAACUUAUAUUGCUGUGGACCAAAGAAAUUAGUGAAAUUAUUAAGAAAUAAAUGCAAAAUUGUAUCGAACGAGACAAAGAACAAGUUCACGUUCAUCCAUGAAGCUUUUUCCUAAAGUAGUUAAUCUAAUUUAUGUAUGACGAUCGUUAAAUUAA